CCAAACGACAAUUGGCCUCCCUUCCGACCCGCGCAUAUUUCUUUCCCCUCCUUUUCAGUCCCUCAUUCGCCGACCGAUAAAAAAAAAAGGAAAUUCAACAAUCAAUUUUCAUAAAACCGCAAACAUGUCAUUCCGAGGAGGGUCUCGAGGUGGUGGUCGUGGAGGAGCUGGUGGCUUUCGAGGUGGACGCGGAGGAGGUUUCCAGCAGAGGGAUAUGGGCCCGCCUGCGCAGGUUCUAGAAAUGGGCAAAUUCGUCCACGCCUGCGAGGGCGAAAUGGUCUGCGAAUCCAUCAACCCCAAAGUCCCCCACUUCAACGCCCAAAUCUUCCUCGAGAACAAGACCGCCGUCGGCAAGGUCGACGAGGUCCUCGGCCCCAUCAACCAGGUCUUCUUCACCAUCAAGCCCUCCGAGGGCAUCCAGGCCGCCUCCUUCAAGGAGGGCGACAAGUUCUACAUUGCCCCGGAGAAGCUGCUGCCCCUCGAAAAGUUCCUGCCCAAGCCCAAGCCUCCUCCCGGAGCGCCUAAGCCCAAGCGCGCUGGCGGUGCGUCCCGCGGCGGUCCUCGCGGCGGCGGUCGCGGAGGCUUCUCCCGCGGUGGACGGGGCGGUGCUGGCGGUUUCGGCGGCCGUGGCGGCCGUGGUGGAAGCGGCGGCUUCUCUCGCGGCGGCGGUCGUGGUGGCCCUCGUGGUGGAAGCGGUGGCUUCUCCAGGGGCGGUGCCGGCGGCAGAGGACGCGGCGGCUUCAGCAGAGGUGGCAGCUGGUAAAGCAAUAAAAGAUGUGGACAAAAAUUAGAAAGGCAGUCAUACCAAUGCCAUUUUUUCCCUCCCUCUUUUCCAGCUUAGCAGCAGGGGAAAACCACUCCCCUUUCUCUACGAAUGGAAAGAAAAGGGGAAAAAAAAAAAAGAAAAGGGCGGCGGGGAUCGAUCUUCGGUUUGGAGAAAGGGGGAGGGAAAGAAGAUGUUUUAUAUGUACAAAGGGCUUUUUUCACGGCGUUUUUUUAAUGGCUCGGUUUAUUCCUCCGUCGUACCUGAAUUUAGUUUUUUCUCGUCAUUUCUUCGGUUUCCUUCCCCUUUUCUUCCUUUCCCGCUCGUCAAGACAAUUGCCACUUUCAAAAGGUCUUUUGUUUGUUGGCAAAUCUCAACUCAGUAGCCUCAAAACGAGUCUACUAUCAACUUAGGGAUAACGAAGAAUUUAUAUACGAGA